GUUUAGAGUAUCGCGCUAGCUGCUGUGACCUCUGACACCGGAAACGAAAAUAGCGGAAGUGGCAAGUAGUCGGGCGCUCGUGCUAGCAGUGCUAUUGUAACGUAAGAGGAACGCGUUUCGCUAAAUCAAAAACUUGAAUAUUUGCUCAAACUCUAAUGAUAAGCAGCUGAGCCAUGCACCGAUGAUACCUGCGUCGACUUUCAAAAACAGCGUUGGACGAGUUUUGUGAACAUUUUGAGCCUCUAACACGGCAGUUUUUAAGUGCGCUAAAGCUAGGAGAAAAGUCUCACCAUGGCAGAUGUGACCGCUCGUAGUCUUCAGUAUGAGUACAAGGCGAACUCUAACUUGGUGCUGCAAGCCGAUCGGUCCCUUAUCGACCGCACACGGAGAGAUGAACCCACGGGAGAGGUACUGUCCCUGGUGGGGAAGCUGGAGGGGACAAAAAUGGGAGACAAAGCUCAGAGGACCAAACCUCAAAAACUGGAGGAGAGACGAGACAAGAGGCGUAAAAGAGAUGAAGACAGACAUGAUAUCAACAAGAUGAAGGGCUUUACUCUUUUGUCAGAAGGUAUUGAUGAAAUGGUUGGUAUUGUAUACAAGCCCAAAACCAAAGAAACCAGAGAGACUUAUGAGGUUUUGCUCAGCUUCAUCCAUGCUGCUCUGGGAGAUCAGCCACGUGAUAUUCUAUGUGGAGCAGCGGACGAAGUCUUGGCUGUGUUAAAGAAUGAUAAGAUGAGGGACAAAGAGAGGCGCCGUGAGGUGGAGCAGCUUCUUGGACCUGCUGAUGACACCCGCUACCACGUGCUGGUCAACCUGGGCAAGAAGAUUACUGACUACGGGGGCGACAAGGACUUGCAGAAUAUGGAUGAGAACAUCAACGAAACAUAUGGCGUGAAUGUCCAAUUUGAAUCGGACGAGGAGGAGGGUGAUGAAGACUCGUGUGGAGAAGUACGUGACGAGCACUCGGAUGACGACAGUGAAGGAGAGGAAGCUGAUGUGGGCUGCACUCUUACAGCCAAUCUCGGUGCCACAGGCGACGUGAUGACCGUGAAAAAGAAGGAUCUCCACCCGCGAGACAUUGACGCCUUUUGGCUCCAGCGACAGCUCAGUCGCUUUUACGACGAUGCUAUCGUCUCUCAGAAGAAAGCUGACGAGGUUUUAGAAAUCCUUAAGACUGCCAGUGAUGAUAGAGAGUGUGAGAACCAGCUUGUGUUGCUUCUUGGUUUCAACACUUUUGAUUUCAUCAAAAUUCUCCGCCAACAUCGUCGCAUGAUUCAAUAUUGUACGAUGCUGGCAAGUGCUCAGAGUGAGGCAGAAAAAGAGCGGAUCAUUGGAAAGAUGGAGUCUGAUGCGGAACUGUCAAAGAUUCUGUACCAGCUGCAGGAGACGGAGAAGGAGGAUAUUAUUCGUGAAGAACGAUCUCGCAGGGAGAGGGUGAGGAAGUCUCGUGUGGAUGACAUGGAAGCAAUGGAUACAGAACACGGAGAGACAGUUGCUCCACGACAACUGUUGGACCUUGAAGACUUAACCUUCACCCAGGGAAGUCAUUUCAUGGCCAACAAGCGGUGCCAGCUGCCUGAUGGGUCUUUCCGCAAACAACGAAAAGGUUAUGAAGAGGUGCACGUGCCCGCACUCAAACCCAAGCCCUUCGGUGACGACGAGGUGCUUGUUUCCACUGAGAAGCUCCCCAAGUAUGCACAGGAAGGCUUUAAGGAUUUCAAAACUCUGAAUCGCAUCCAAAGCAAGCUGUUUAAAACCACCAUGGAGACUGAUGAGAACCUGCUUGUUUGUGCACCAACGGGAGCUGGUAAGACGAAUGUUGCUCUAAUGGCAAUGCUUAGGGAAAUUGGUAAACAUAUUAACAUGGAUGGAAGCAUCAAUGUAAAUGACUUCAAGAUCAUUUACAUCGCACCCAUGCGCUCCCUAGUACAGGAGAUGGUGGGAAGCUUUAGUAAGCGAUUGGAGAAGUACCGCAUCAAGGUAUCUGAGCUGACAGGAGACCACCAACUCUGCAAAGAGGAGAUUAAUGCCACCCAAAUUAUUGUCUGCACCCCUGAAAAAUGGGACAUCAUUACCCGUAAAGGUGGUGAGCGUACCUACACCCAGCUUGUGCGACUCAUCAUCAUUGAUGAAAUCCACCUACUGCAUGAUGACCGUGGUCCUGUACUGGAGUCUCUGGUGGCAAGAACCAUCCGCAAUGUGGAGCUGACUCAGGAAGAUGUGCGCCUGAUUGGCCUCAGCGCCACACUGCCUAACUACGAAGACGUUGCCACCUGCCUGCGUGUUGAUCCUGCCAAGGGACUCUUUUACUUCGACAACAGUUUCCGACCAGUUCCCCUGGAGCAGACUUACGUGGGCAUCACAGAGAGGAAAGCUAUUAAACGUUUCCAGAUCAUGAAUGAAAUUGUCUAUGAGAAGAUAAUGGAGCAUGCUGGAAAGAACCAGGUCCUUGUAUUUGUCCACUCUAGAAAAGAGACAGGAAAGACAGCUAGGGCCAUAAGAGACAUGUGCUUGGAGAAGGACACACUUGGUCUUUUCCUGCGAGAGGGCUCAGCCUCCACUGAAGUGUUGCGCACUGAAGCAGAACAAUGCAAGAACCUCGAGCUGAAGGAUUUGCUACCUUAUGGCUUUGCAAUCCACCACGCCGGAAUGACCAGAGUGGACCGUACGCUGGUGGAAGAUCUGUUUGCUGAUCGACACAUUCAGGUUUUGGUGUCCACAGCAACUUUGGCUUGGGGUGUCAAUCUGCCAGCACACACUGUCAUCAUCAAAGGUACACAAGUGUACAGUCCUGAGAAAGGCAGAUGGACUGAACUCGGAGCCCUCGACAUUUUGCAGAUGCUUGGUCGAGCUGGACGUCCUCAAUAUGACACCAAGGGAGAAGGAAUCCUGAUCACGUCCCAUGGAGAGCUGCAGUAUUACCUGUCCCUGCUCAAUCAGCAGCUUCCCAUAGAGAGUCAGAUGGUGGGAAAGCUUCCUGACAUGCUCAAUGCGGAGAUUGUGCUUGGAAAUAUUCAGAAUGUGAAGGAUGCAGUGAAUUGGCUCGGUUACACCUACCUCUACGUCCGAAUGCUUCGCAACCCAACGCUGUAUGGGGUCUCCCAUGAUGAUCGUUCUGCAGACCCCCUGCUGGAGCGACGACGAACUGACCUGUUGCACACUGCUGCCAAUGUACUGGACAAGAACACCCUCAUCAAAUAUGACAAGAGAACUGGCAAUUUCCAGGUGACAGAUCUGGGCCGCAUCGCCAGUCACUUCUACAUUACACAUGACUCUGUUCAAACUUACAACCAACUGCUGAAACCGACCCUCAGUGAGAUUGAACUCUUCCGUGUCUUUUCACUUUCCUCUGAGUUCAGGAACAUCACUGUGAGAGAGGAGGAGAAGUUGGAACUUCAGAAGCUUUUGGAGAGAGUUCCGAUUCCAGUGAAGGAAAGCAUCGAGGAGCCAAGCGCAAAGAUCAAUGUGCUGCUUCAGGCCUUCAUCUCUCAACUAAAACUUGAAGGCUUUGCCCUCAUGGCAGACAUGGUGUAUGUGACACAGAGUGCUGGAAGGUUGAUGCGAGCUAUAUUUGAGAUUGUUCUGAGCCGAGGAUGGGCUCAACUGUCAGACAAGACCAUGAAUCUUUGCAAGAUGAUUGACAAGAGAAUGUGGCAGUCCAUGUCCCCGCUGCGACAGUUUAAGAAGUUGCCAGAAGAAGUCAUCAAGAAGAUCGAGAAAAAGAACUUCCCCUUUGAGCGUCUUUAUGACCUCAACCACAAUGAGAUUGGGGAGCUUAUCCGAAUGCCAAAAAUGGGGAAAACAAUCCACAAAUAUGUCCACCAGUUCCCGAAACUAGACCUGGCUGUCCAUCUGCAGCCCAUCACCCGUUCCACUCUCAAAGUAGAGCUCACCAUCACUCCUGACUUCCAGUGGGAUGACAAGAUUCAUGGCUCAUCAGAGGCUUUCUGGAUCAUGGUGGAGGACGUGGACAGUGAGGUCAUCCUCCACCAUGAGUACUUCUUGCUCAAAGCAAAGUACGCUCAGGACGAGCACCUUGUGACUUUCUUUGUCCCGGUAUUCGAGCCUCUUCCCCCGCAGUACUUCAUCCGUGUGGUUUCUGACCGCUGGCUUUCUUGUGAGACCCAGCUUCCAGUGUCGUUCCGCCACUUGAUCCUCCCUGAGAAGUACCCCCCACCCACCGAGUUGCUGGACCUGCAGCCCCUACCUGUCACUGCCCUCAGGAACUCUGCCUUUGAGGCCCUCUACCAGAACAAGUUCCCCUUUUUCAACCCUAUUCAAACGCAAGUGUUCAAUGCCCUGUACAACAGUGAUGACAAUGUGUUUGUGGGAGCGCCCACUGGCAGCGGAAAGACCAUCUGUGCCGAGUUUGCCAUUCUGAGGAUGCUGCUUCACAAUGCAGAAGGUCGCUGUGUCUACAUCACCCCCAUGGAGGCACUUGCAGAACAAGUGUUUGUCGACUGGCACCAAAAGUUCCAAGACAUCCUUAACAAAAAGGUGGUGCUCCUGACAGGAGAAACCAGCACCGAUCUGAAGUUGUUAGGAAAAGGAGACAUUAUUGUCAGCACGCCUGAUAAAUGGGACAUCCUGUCUCGUCGCUGGAAACAGAGGAAGAAUGUCCAGAAUGUCAGUCUUUUCAUCGUGGAUGAGACACACCUCAUUGGUGGAGAAAAUGGGCCUGUGCUAGAGGUGAUCUGCUCAAGGAUGAGGUACAUCUCCUCUCAGAUUGAGCGGCCUAUCCGCAUUGUGGCCCUCAGUUCGUCUCUGUCAAACGCCAAAGACGUGGCCCACUGGCUGGGAUGCAGCACCACAACCACAUUCAACUUCCACCCCAACGUGAGGCCCGUGCCUCUGGAGCUGCACAUCCAGGGCUUCAAUGUGAGUCACACGCAGACUCGCCUGCUCUCAAUGGCCAAGCCGGUGUAUCAUGCCAUCAUGAAACACUCUCCCUCCAAACCAGCCGUGGUGUUUGUGCCCUCCCGCAGACAGACUCGCCUCACAGCUAUCGACAUUCUCACAUUCUGUGCUGCUGAUGUGGUUCCUCAAAGGUUUCUGCAUUGCACUGAGACAGAUAUUGCUCCUUUCCUGGAUAAAAUAACUGAUGCAACCCUAAAAGAGACUCUGGCCAAUGGCGUGGGGUACAUCCACGAGGGCUUGUCUGCAACUGAACGCAAAAUAGUGGAGCAGCUCUUCAACUCGGGUGCCGUCCAGGUGGUGGUGUCAUCUCGCUCCCUCUGCUGGGGCGUUAACAUCUCUGCACACCUUGUCAUCGUCAUGGACACUCAGUACUAUAAUGGCAUCAUCCAUUCCUAUGUGGACUAUCCCAUAUAUGAUGUCCUCCAGAUGGUAGGAAAAGCCAACAGACCCAUUCUAGAUGACGAGGGACGCUGUGUCAUCAUGUGUCAGGGCUCCAAGAAGGAUUUCUUCAAGAAGUUCCUCUACGAGCCGCUCCCUGUGGAGUCUCACUUGGACCACUGUCUCCAUGACCACUUCAAUGCAGAGAUUGUCACCAAGACGGUGGAGAACAAGCAGGAUGCGGUGGACUACCUGACUUGGACAUUCCUGUACCGGCGUAUGACCCAGAAUCCCAACUACUACAAUCUUCAAGGCAUGUCCCAUCGCCACCUGUCUGAUCACUUGUCCGAGCUGGUGGAGCACACGCUACAUGACCUGGAGCAGUCCAAGUGCAUCAGCAUUGAGGAUGAGAUGGACGUGGCGCCACUCAACUUGGGCAUGAUCGCCGCCUACUACUACAUCAACUACACCACCAUCGAGCUGUUCAGCAUGUCGCUCAACGCCAAGACCAAGAUCCGUGGGUUAAUCGAGAUCAUCUCCAACGCUGCCGAGUAUAAGAACAUUCCCAUCAGGCAUCAUGAGGACAUGCUUCUCCGGCAGCUGGCCCAGAAGGUUCCCCACAAGCUGAACAACCCCAAAUUCAACGACCCCCACGUGAAGACCAACCUGCUACUUCAGGCUCACCUCUCCAGGAUGCAGCUGAGUGCUGAGCUGCAGUCGGACACUGAGGACAUCCUGAGCAAGGCCGUGCGUCUGAUCCAGGCCUGCGUUGACGUGCUGUCCAGUAAUGGCUGGCUGAGUCCUGCGCUGGCAGCUAUGGAGUUGGCCCAGAUGGUCACCCAGGCCAUGUGGUCCAAGGAUUCCUACCUCAAACAGCUGCCGUUCUUCACUUCAGAGCACAUCAAGCGCUGCACAGACAAGGGUGUGGAGAGCAUCUUCGACAUCAUGGAGAUGGAAGAUGAAGACAGAACUGCUUUGCUACAACUCUCUGACAUUCAGAUGGCCGACGUGGCUCGCUUCUGUAACCGCUACCCCAACAUCGAGCUGUCUUACGAAGUUUCUGAAAAGGACAAUGUCAAGAGUGGCAGUCCAGUUCUGGUCCAGGUUCAGCUGGAGCGAGAGGAGGAGGUGACUGGGCCAGUCAUUGCUCCGCUCUUCCCUCAGAAUCGCGAGGAAGGCUGGUGGGUUGUGAUCGGAGACCCCAAGUCCAACAGCCUCAUCUCCAUCAAGAGACUGACCCUUCAGCAGAAAGCAAAGGUCAAACUGGAUUUUGUUGCACCAGCGAUGGGCGUUCACAACUACACGCUGUACUUCAUGAGCGACGCAUACAUGGGCUGUGACCAGGAGUACAAGUUCAGUGUGGACGUGAAAGAGGCUGACAGCGACGCAGACAGUGACUCGGACUAAUCCAAACACCUUUCAACACCACCAGGUGUCACUGUCUGCUUUUAUGUAUAUAUUACAUUGGGUUUAGCUCCAAGUUAUUGUCACGUGUCUUUUUAUUUACAGCUUUAAGUCAGUUUCAUGAUGUACACUGAUCAACAACAAAACAUUUUUUUAGAUUAAUAAAUGACUAAUAGG